UUGACAUUUCUUUGCUUUUUCGUAAUGAUACAAGAUAUCUUCUUUUUCAAAUUGAAAAACAGACAAUGGCUAAAUACAUUGCUCAAAUUAUAGUUUUGGGUGCACAGGUUGUUGGAAGAGCGUUUGCUAGGGCUCUUAAGCAAGAAAUAGCUGCUUCACAGGAAGCCGCGAAACGAGCUGGUGGUGGACCAGAAGGUGCAAGAAGAGCCGCUGCCAAUGCUUCCACAGGGCUUUCGCUAGAAGAGGCUAUGCAAAUUUUAAAUAUAGACAAAUUAGACCCUGACAAAGUCAAGAAAAACUACGAACAUUUAUUCAAUGCCAACGAAAAAUCCAAAGGUGGUUCUUUCUAUUUACAAUCUAAAGUCGUCAGAGCAAAAGAAAGAUUGGAUGUUGAACUGAAGCCAAAAGGAUCACAAGCUGAUUCAAGUCAACCAAAAGAUGCACCAUGAGACUUUUUUAAUUUUUUUGAGUGUAGUUAAUCAUAUAAAUGUAUAUUUAUGUUGUAGAUAUGUUUAGUGAAAGAGAAUGUUUUGUAAAAUACUUUAAUAUGUAGAAAAUGGACACAAUAGUGACUAGAAUACAUCAGUCUUAUUAUUAAAAAUGUUGAUUAUGUUAUAAAAUUACAUUUAGAACCUUUAAAAUGUCAUACAGUUGACUUUAAAAGCUAAAAGCUAAGCAAUAUAAAUAAUAUAUUUUGCUAAGCACA